AUGCCAUGCUUCAAAGGCCUCGCCGUUAGUAUACAUACUCCAGGCGGACCGCUACCCGAGCACUCGAUCCAGCGCCAGUCCCGAGUCUCGCGCAUUACCUCCUAUAUCCCUGUCCCGCCGCCCAAAAUUCCCGAUACAGCUGGUGGGAAACCGGAGCAGUCUACGUUCGCAAUUUCCAUUACCUUGUUGAACCCCGGACAAGAUGUGCCUUAUUCCGCGGGGAAACCGACGGCUGACAACCCCCACCCCAAGCCCAAGGUCGUCGGAGGCCUUCCUGGACAGACAGAGCAUCGUGGACUAUACACCAGCACGGUCGCGCCGUAUCAAGCGCUAACCAACUCCCCGAACGAGACCGUUGCUGCUUACAUCUACUUUGAUGGCCGGCAAAAGGAGGAGGUCGCUACACUGCUUCGGCGCGGGGAGGAGACCUGGGUGAACUCCCGAUGGGUCAGCAUUCCCGAGUCGGAAGGUGGUGGACUUGCAGAACGAGAGUUCCUCUUCCGCGAGGUUCCAUUGGAGAGGUGGCUCGAUGGGCUGGACUUGGUGGGCAAGAAAGACGCAGCUGCGAAGAUCGAACGGAGGCGGCAGAAGAUGGAGAAACGCCGGGCCAAACGCGAAUCUGACGAUAUCGACGAUCUGGAUAUGGGUGGUAAGAGCAAGCCCGACAGGGGCGUCAUGCGUUAUGGCAACGAUAACAAGUCGCCCUUGGAGGAUGUUUCCGACGACGACGUCUCGCUCGCAAGUUCCGACGACGACCCAAUUCCGGAAUCUACUGGUCAAAUCAAGGUUGCGCUUUUCCGCGUCCUAGCGUCUGGCGAGAUCAAGCGAGGAGAAUACUCGCCGCAAUUUGAUGCUCAUGAUGAUGAUGAAGAAAAUCAGGGCGGGCAAGCCGCUGACGAAGAUAUUGAUCACACUACCAGCUUCGCGAAGCCCAAGUCCCUCGAUCCGAAGUCUAUCAGCACACAAACGGUCACUGGGAUUGAUCCGUCGGACAAGCCGUAUGCGAUCUUCACCUUUAUGUACCGGGGAGAGCGACAACUACAGAAAAUGGGUAUCCUGAAAGAUCCGAAGUUGCAAGAGACUCCCGGCUCGGUGAAACGCCGGUCGCAGCAGCUCGACUUUGCAAAUCUCGGCCCGAUAAAGCCUGGAGGAGGCGUUGGUUUCUUGAACUUCCGGGAGCACACAGAAGGACGGAAGAAGGGCAAGAAAGACAAAGUGAUGGCGGACGACGAUGAUAUGGACAGUGAUGACGACGAUGAUGACCGGAUACUCAACCAGGCGGACGAGGAGGAAGACAAGGAAGAAGAUCAGAACCUCUCCCCGGAUGACAUUAGGCGACAGGGCGAGCUGGCAGAGGGCUUGCGCCAGAUUAAGCUUAAACGCCAACACUCGGCCGCGUCGCUUGCCGGCAGCUCUCGACAGGACACAGCAAGCCCCAAUACAGCCGCAGACACCCCGUCAUCAUUGAAAAUCUCCACAACUCCGCCCGCAGCGCCGGCAGUAUCAGCACCCAUAACCGCCGGGCCGUCGGAAACACAGCCGAUGAGCGCAUUGAAUGGAGAGUACAUCGGCAGUCCACUCAAGAAGCAGCGUCCUAGUGUCUCACAAGCAGACGAGUCUUCACUCCGACAACGGAUGGGAUCAGGUCUAUCGCAACAGAUAAGCGAAGUGCUAGGCAGUAAUGAUCAGAACGGGGGUGUCGCAAGCGACUCUAAGCCCCCCCUUGGUCCUGGCCACGAUGAAGCCCUGCAGUCUCCUAAGACGGUGACUCCACCUGACAAUGUGGACGAGGAGCUGUAG